UCGAACUAAAUGUAGAGAGGCGCAUUCAAACGCUUACUUACUCGAUAAUAAGAGACGAUCGACCGUCGAUAUGGUUGUUACGUGUGAGAUUAGCUUUGACAAUAAUAAGUUUGGCAUAUUCUAUGCAGGACAACUGGUGAGCGGGUGUGUAACCUUAAAAUCGGACAAGGUGAAGGAGGUGCAAGCGGCGUUGGUAAAAGUUGUCGGUUAUUCUUUGACAAAAUGGAGCGAAAGGCGUAUGGCAACUACAAAACUCUAUGUGGGACGUGAAGACUACAUAUCUUCGCAGACAUAUCUACUAGGCUCCGAGCAGACGAAUGACAGGUAUACCAUACAGGCAGGAGUUCACAACUAUAAUUUCGCUGUUCAGCUGCCAUAUCAGUCACCUUCGUCCUUUGAGGGUCGCUAUGGCUGCGUUCGCUAUAUAGUCAAGGUUCUGCUUAUCAGACCUUGGAAGUUCGAUCAGGCCUAUACUCAUGGUAUUACCGUGCUAAAGAUGAUGGAUCUCAACUUUGAGUCGCCCAUACUGAAGGUAGCUGCACAUAGCGAAGGCUACAGAACAUUCUGCUGCGGUCCCUGCAAGACGGAUCCCCUUAAAAUGGAAGUCAACCUGCCCCAGGCUGGCUACGUGCCCGGUCAGCGCAUUCCUAUUAACGUUGUGGUUAUCAACAAUAGCAAUAUGGCCGUCUCUAAACUAGACCUAUAUCUUGUUAUGCUCGUGCGAUAUUUAAGUGUUAGUCCGGAGCAUUCGCGGGUGGAUCGUAUUGUCAUAUCAAAGGCAAAGGGCGACAGUAUCUUGCGACGGUCCACUCGCUCGUUGACAGUCGAGCUGACAGUGCCCAGCACGCCACCUACUUGUCUUAGCCUAUGCAAGCUUAUACAAAUCGCCUACCAGCUGGAGGUUGAGGCAUCGGUGAAGAGUGUGCGAGAGCAACAGCUGAUUACCAUGCCAAUCACGAUCGGCACAUGGCCGCUGGGAGUCGGGUCGGACUCUCGCGCCACUCCUGGCAUUGUGCAGCAGCCACCACGUCGAAGCGCCCGGUAUGUGGGCGAGGGCAAUGAACUGCCGCUAGUGACAUCCAUUGAAAACAUAUUAACUUCCAUUUCUCCUGAUAUGGAGUCGCCAAGAUAUGAGGAGUCCAAGCAUACAUUGCGGGGAAACAUCAAUGAGGAAGAGCUGCACGCCUUUGGCGUAAACGAAUUCGCGCCUUUGUAUCCAGUAUAUAAUAUAGACAGUCCCAUACCUGUCAUAUCCCCGAACAGCCCAAAUAUUGGCUACAUAAAUCAGAGCUUUGUUAAAUAAUAUAAGCCUAUUAUUUAUCUACUACUUAUGUCAUUGCCAAGUUGAUUUAAAACUUUUGAGAACUCCUCCGAUUUCCAUUACCAUUAAGGUAGAGCAAAUUAUUGGCAACUACAAAAAGGAAAACUAUCUGCCCCCACAUUGUAAACCUUUUUUUAUUUUGUGUAUCCCAAAGCUCAAAUAACGAUUGGAUGACAAACUUGUCAAACUAUUCUAUAUAUGGUUGCUUAUAAAUGUAAAAUAAUAAAUUUCAUUUU